GAGUCGUCUGGCAAGACUGCGGGCACCGAGUCGUCUGGCAAGACUGCGGGCAUCGAGUCGUCUGGCGGAACAGCGGGCACCGAGUCGUCUGGCGAGACUGCGGGCACCGAGUCGUCUGGCGAGACUGCGGGCACCGAAUCACCAGGCACGACAGUGGGCUCUCACUCAAUUGGCACAACAGUGGGCACCAGGUCAUUUGGCUCGCCAGCGGGCACCGUGUCAUCUGGCAAGGCAGUGGGCACCGAGUCACCAGGUACGACAGCGGGCUCUGAGUCAAUUGGCACGACAGCGGGCACCGGA